CCGCGGCCAGACAUCAGCAAUCUAUCGGGGAGCGGGGUCGGCGCGGCGUGCGUGACGGCGGCCCGGGGCCCUCGGCGAAGAGGGGCCGGCAGCGCGUUUCCAGGUCACGGGGUCGGGCUCCCAGAGCUGUAGCAAGCAGCGGCACGAGGAGGACGAUGGCGGACAAGCUGUACCGGGUCGAGUAUGCCAAGAGCGGGCGCGCCUCUUGCAAGAAAUGCGGCGAGAGCAUCCCCAAGGACUCGCUCCGGAUGGCCAUCAUGGUGCAGUCACCCAUGUUCGAUGGAAAGGUGCCGCACUGGUACCACUUCCCCUGCUUCUGGAAGGUUGGCCACUCCAUCCAGCAGCCUGACGUCGAGGUAGACGGGUUCUUGGAGCUACGCUGGGACGACCAGCAGAAAAUCAAGAAGACAGCGGAGGCUGGAGGCGUGACAGGCAAAGGCCCAGGUGGAGCUGGUGGCAAAGCUGAGAAGAUGCUGGGGGACUUUGCAGCCGAGUACGCCAAGUCGAGCAGAAGCACGUGCAAGGGCUGCAUGGAGAAGAUUGAAAAGGGUGAGGUGCGCCUGUCCAAGAAAAUGGUGGACCCAGAGAAGCCGCAACUGGGCAUGAUCGACCGCUGGUACCACCCAAACUGCUUUGUGAACAAGAGGGAGAUGCUGGGGUUCCGGCCCGAGUACAGUGCGAGCCAGCUCAAGGGGUUCAACCUCCUCAAGCCAGAGGACAAGGAGACCCUGAAGCAGCAGCUCCCGGCAGUAAAGGGUGAAGGAAAGAGAAAAGGCGAUGAGGUGGAUGGGCUAGAGGAGGUGGCCAAGAAGAAAUCGAAGAAGGAAAAAGACAAGGACAGGAAGCUGGAAAAGGCCCUUAAGGCCCAGAGUGACCUGAUCUGGAACAUCAAGGAUGAGCUGAAGCGGGUGUGUUCCAACAGUGAACUGAGGGAACUGCUCAACUGCAACGAUCAGCUCGUGCGCGCCGGAGACGCAGCAGAGAGUGCACUCCUGGACCGCGUGGCAGACGGCAUGGUUUUUGGGGCGCUCCUACCCUGCAAAGAGUGCUCAGGCCAGCUGGUCAUCAAGAGCGAUGCCUAUUAUUGCACCGGCAACAUCACUGCCUGGACCAAGUGUCCGGUCAAGACGCAGACACCCAGCCGGAAGGACUGGGUGACUCCGGAGGAAUUCCGAGAAAUUGCCCAUCUCAAGAAACUGAAGAUCAAGAGGCAGGAUCGGAUCUUUCCCCCCGAAGCCCCCACUCCUGCCGUGGCAGCAGCACCCCCACUCUGCGAGGCCGCAGCCCCGGCCCCGGCCCCAGUAGAGCCUGUGAACUCAACUCCACAAGAUAAGCCCUUGAACAAUAUGAAGAUUCUGACACUCGGAAAACUGUCCCAGAACAAGGAGGACGUGAAGGCCACCAUUGAGAAACUGGGGGGCAAGGUGACGGGCACCGCCAACAAGGCCUCCCUCUGUAUCAGCACAAAGAAGGAAGUGGACAAGAUGAGCAAGAAGAUGGAGGAGGUGAGGGAGGCCAACAUCCGGGUGGUGUCUGAGGAUUUCCUCCAGGAUGUCUCGGCCUCCACCAAGAGCCUUCAGGAGUUGCUCUCUGCCCACAUCUUGUCCCCUUGGGGGGCUGAGGUGAAGGCAGAGCCCAUCGAAGUCCCUGCCCCGAAAGGAAAGUCAGGGACUGCACAGUCCAAGAAGAGCAAGGGCUCCAUCAAGGAGGAAGGAGUCAACAAGUCUGAGAAAAGAAUGAAGUUGACUCUGAAGGGUGGGGCCGCAGUGGAUCCAGAUUCUGGUCUGGAGCACUCGGCGCAUGUGCUGGAGAAGAAUGGCAAAGUGUUCAGUGCCACCCUGGGCCUGGUGGAUAUCGUCAAAGGCACCAACUCCUACUACAAGCUGCAGCUCCUGGAGGACGACAAGGAGAACAGGUACUGGAUAUUCAGGUCCUGGGGCCGUGUGGGCACCGUGAUUGGCAGCAACAAACUGGAGGAGAUGUCAUCCAAGAAGGAUGCCCUUGAACAUUUUAUAAAUAUAUAUGAAGAGAAAACUGGGAACAGCUGGCAUUCCAAAGACUUCAAAAAGUAUCCCAAAAAGUUCUACCCUCUGGAGAUUGACUAUGGUCAGGAUGAGGAGGCGGUGAAGAAGCUAACCGUGAAUACUGGUACCAAGUCGAAGCUGCCCGAGCCAGUGCAGAAGCUCAUUCAGAUGAUCUUUGACAUAGAGAGCAUGAAGAAGGCCAUGGUGGAGUACGAGAUUGACCUUCAGAAGAUGCCCUUGGGGAAGCUGAGCAAAAGGCAGAUCCAGGCUGCGUACUCCAUCCUCAGUGAGAUCCAGCAGGCUGUGUCCCAGGGGAGCAGCGACUCCCAGAUCCUGGACCUCUCCAAUCGCUUCUACACCCUCAUCCCCCAUGACUUCGGCAUGAAGAAGCCGCCUCUCCUGAACAACGCGGACAGUGUGCAGGCCAAGGUGGAAAUGCUGGACAACCUACUGGACAUCGAGGUAGCCUACAGCCUGCUCCGGGCCAGCUCUGAUGACACGGACAAGGACCCCAUUGACAUCAACUACGAGAAGCUUAAAACUGACAUCAAGGUGGUGGAUAAAGACUCUGAGGAAGCCCAGACCAUCAGGGCGUACGUCAAGAACACACACGCGACCACGCACAAUGCCUAUGACCUGGAAGUCCUGGAUAUAUUCAAGAUCGAGCGGGAAGGUGAGAACCAGCGCUACAAGCCCUUCAAGCAGCUUCAUAACCGGAAGCUGCUGUGGCACGGUUCCAGGACCACCAACUUCGCGGGCAUCCUGUCGCAGGGUCUGCGGAUUGCCCCGCCGGAAGCCCCUGUGACAGGCUACAUGUUCGGUAAAGGAAUCUAUUUCGCUGACAUGGUCUCCAAGAGCGCUAACUACUGCCACACGUCUCAGGGAGACCCCGUCGGUUUGAUCCUGCUGGGAGAAGUCGCCCUUGGAAAUAUGUAUGAGCUGAAGCACUCUUUGCACAUCAGCAAGUUACCCAAGGGCAAGCACAGUGUCAAAGGUUUGGGCAAAACAACCCCUGAUCCUUCGGCCAGUAUUACCAUGGACGGGGUCGAGGUGCCCCUGGGUUCCGGCGUUUCCUCUGGUGUUAACGACACCUGCCUUCUGUAUAAUGAGUACAUCAUCUACGAUAUCGCUCAGGUAAAUUUGAAGUAUCUACUGAAGCUGAAAUUCAAUUAUAAGACGUCCCUGUGGUGAACAGAGCCGCAGCCUGUGUGACACAGACUCGCCUGGGCCUCCAUGCGGCCUCUCCCCAGGGGAGACUCCAGCCAGGCAGCGGAGGGGACAGACAAGCAACUCAAGUCUCCUUCCAGGGGUUUGACACUGUCACACGAUCACAUGUUCAAUGAUUGCCCAGCUCUCCAAGUUGGGUUUUGGGGGUGGGGGUGGUUCGGGGUUUUUUUUUUCCUGCCAGCUGUGACCCUGGUAGGUGCAACUGACAAUAGACGUGAAGUUGGGCAGUGGUGGUUUCGGUUGUUUUCAGUUUUUUUCCCUUGUGUUCCACCAUUAGUUUUAAUUUUGGAGAAAUGUUAAGCCUUUAUUUUCAGGUUAAUAAAAACUAAUUUCAUACUA